UAGAUGGAGAGGAAACAGGGGGCUAGCAAUGGCGUGUACUGUGGAUUUUCGGUGCCUGGAUGAAGGCUUGGGAGGAAAAACAUACAAGCGAAAGAGAGCAGAGAAAGAGCUGCUAGAUAAUGAUGCCAUGGAAGUAGAACCAACUCCUGCUUCGAAGAGACAGGCUGUUCCAUCUGCGGAUGACCCAAACAAGCCCGUACUUGGAAGGCCCACGUACGACGGAGUGAUAGCAGGGAGAGUAUCUGGAAGGAAUUGGAAACAGCCGAGGAAACACAGGUCAUCAGCGGCGAAGGUGAGCGUGAAGGGGAAGCCAUUGGAGCAGAGGAUUAAAGACAAGGAGAUAAAGAAGGCUUACAAGGAGAGAAUCAAUGAGCUCAAGGAAGAGAUAAGGCAGAACAAAGUCGACAAGAGGAAGCAGAGAGAGGAAAGAGACAAGAGGAAGCAGGAAAACAUUCUCAAGUCUGGGACCAAAGUUCAGAAGAUCACAAAUCCAAAGACGCUCAAAAAGAUUGCUAAGUCUAAGCAGAGGAAGCAACUCAAGGUUGUCUCUGACGAUCUUCUUAACGGUGCAAACAAGAACAAGUAGAGCUCAUGACUUGAAAUGUAUUUUUUUGGUAAUGAGAUAUACUGAUAAUACUACUCUUGUAGUUUUCCUUUUCGUUUUGCUCUUUUAAAUUACAUCUGUUUCGAAAUUUUGUUGUAGUUUCAUGAUCUAAUUGAUCAGUUAUGCUGCAGUUUUAUGAUUUAAUUGAUCAAUUCUGCUGUGGCAUUACCUUC